UCCAAAAGUCUUUCUCGGUGAAGCAGUAGCUGACGUACAGUUUAUCUGUACAUUAAGAAGCUGUGUAGCUAAAACAGAGCGAAUAUCUGUAUUUUAAACACAGAGUGAUAUAUCACCUGUUUAUGUUUGUUUGUCUGUUUUUUUUUUUGUUUAAGUGACAGUGUGUUCAGUGAGCUGGAACAGAGUUUUGGAAUAAUCUCUAGCGUCGUCUUUUUUUAUAGACUGCCUGCCCGCCCGGCAGAACACAAAACAGAAAUCGAUCAAAAACCGUUUUUCAAAUCCUCUUUUCGACUAGUCUGUCUGACUAGUUUCUGUUUUUUCAAAGGACUAAUAAAGCGGUCAUUUCGAUCUGCCAGUUCUGGAUUAUGCAAUCGGCUAUCGGUAUAGCCUGCUACAGUGCUCCAGAAAACUAAAACUGAAGCUAAACAUUGCUAAAUAACAUAAUAUUGUAUUUAUCAACAUAAUUUUUGAUCAAGAUGAGGCAGGCAAUUCUAUGCAAGAUCAGACGGUUUCCGUGGGUCACCAACGUAACUCUUUACGGCUGUCUGUUUGCCAGCGGCGAUUUGGUACACCAGUGUUUUACCAGAAGAAGGGAUCUGGACUGGAGACAGACGCGCAAUGUGGCCGUGGUGGCGUUUAGUUUCCAUGGUAACUUCAGCUACCUGUGGAUGCGGGGUUUGGAGAGGUGUUUCCCCGGGAGAGCUGUUAGCAUGGUUCUGAAGAAGGUGUUAUUGGACCAGACAGUAGCGGCACCUUUAGCAACCAGUGUCUUUUACACAGGAGUCAGUCUACUUGAAGGCAAAGAGGAUGUUCUGCAGGACUGGAGAGAGAAAUUUUGGAACACAUACAAGACAGGACUCCUGUAUUGGCCCUUCAUGCAGUUGCUGAACUUUCUUCUGGUCCCUUUAUAUCUGCGUACGUCCUUCACGGGCUGCUGUGCCUUCCUGUGGGCCACCUUCCUGUGCUUCUCACGCCAGUGUGGAGAUGGGACCAUGAGCGCCGCGCUCUCCUGGGUGAUGUCACCGAAGGAGGCCCCGUCCGUGACGAAUGCUGAAGAACAGAAAUAAAAAAACAAACUUCAUAACCUCAAACAACCUCAACAGAAACAGAAGAGAAGACACCAGGAAUGACCCCAAACAAUCUCUGUUUUAACAACAACACACGGAACGCCACCAGUUCCCAUGCUGUAGGAAGCUUUAUUUAUUUAUUUAUUUUGUUGGACCAAAGAAGUAAAACUUGAAUUACACAGCUGCUAUCUUUUUCAGUUCCUCUUUCCAAAAUGUCCUACAAUAUACAGGGGCAGCAGACACGAGUUAAAAGGUAGCAAAAUGACAUCACCUUUUGGAAUGAGAAAAUAAAAGGUCUGGCAGUCAGUUAGCUUAGACUAGAGUGGGGUUAGCUCAAAAGCUUGUAAAAAUAAAGAAAAUAAUGAAAAACAUCAUGAACUGCAAUGGGAAGAUACAUACCUACAAGUUAUAUGUACAAGGAUGACAUGUACAUAUGACUAGGAAAUGCAACAUAGAUGAAAAUGCAAAAGUGCAAGAUAUUGGUGCAGACAUUGGCAAUGUUUUUGUUAGUAUACAAGUUAGCUAUAGGUAGAUGUCAUGUAGGGUUUUAUUUCCUGUUACAAUGUAAUUAUAAUGCAGCUAAAUUGCUGUCUUCUUAACCGCACUUGUAUUUUGUACCAAUGGGCAGCAUUCACUGCACUUCAUUGUUAUGUAUGGCAUGGCAUCCUAUUUAGUGAAUGGGCUAUUGUGCUGGGGCAAGGUACAGUCAUUCCAAGUGCCUGGUUGAAUUGAUUCCUUUUCAGUCCCUGAUUUUCUGUUUCUGUGAGCGCUGUGUCUCACCAUUGAGGCAGUUGAAUUAUUUUGCCAGAACAGUUGUUUGUGGAAAUUGCUGCCUUUGUGGGAGGAUGAGAAUAUAGAUACUUCAGUAUUUUUAUCAUGUCAUGUCAAGGCAGGUCUUUUUGUCACUUAGUUGAUGUGGAAGUACUUUAUAUAAUUGUAGAUAUUUAUAUUAGAACUAGUACCAAGUUAUUGUAGGUCAAUUGAGAUCAAAUUCAGGAUGUACUAUAUACUGUAGUGUAAUGAAGCCUACAUGUACAGUACUUGAUUGUCAUUAUGGGUCUGAUUUUACAUGUUUUGUAACAUUAGUUUCUACUUAAGAGGAGAUGUGGAGCAAACUUUUAAAUCGGCUCCUAGUUUUGUGUCUUUCCCACAAAGUAUUUAUUAAACGGGAACAGGAAAUAACUAAACACUGUCCUUGUUAUCAAUAUGAAUAUGUUGCAUGCAUUGUUUUCCAGAUUCUUCUAUUUGUAUUAAUAAUGCUACGGAUACCUAAUAUUUUAAAUAAUAAUUCCAAAAAUCUGCUUGUGCACUGUAUUUAAUUUAAUGCAGUUUGUGUAUAUUCAAAUACAUUUGAACUGGAUUGGUGUUACUGUAUUGAUUACCUUAUUUCUUUUUACAACAUUUUAAUGUAAUAUUUUAUGAUUUGUCAUAUUUGUGGUUUAAACUCUUCUCUCCAAUAUUAGUCCCAUUAUAUUAAUCCUGCCAAUAAUAUGUUUCACGCAUGCUUGAUAAUGCCCACCUUAUUGAAACCAAGAACAAUAUUGGAAGUGUAUGACAAGCUGUGUGAAGAAUGAACAGGUUAUUCCAAAGGUCGGGUACUCUGCUGUAAAAGUGUUUAUGCCUGUCAUGUGAAUUUGCAAUUCUACUAACGUUUAAGCCACUUACUGCAAGACUUUAUAAGUUCAAGUUGGCAUGAUGACGUAACGUAUUCCAGUACACUUCCAGACUGAACUCUGCUGCUAGAACGGAGAAUAUUGAUCUACCUAACCAUUAAUCAAGAGGGGAUACAUUCCUUAAAGAGAAAGCAUCCCCGUUGAUUGGCACUUUCAGUGUUGGGACUAGUGUGGGCAGAUGAAGCUUAUAGUGUUAUAGACUGAGAAAGACAAGCAAUACAUUAACACAAUUGAAAAUGAUAAAACAUCUGCAGAUUAUAUCUUACAUGUCUUAUUCAAAAAGCACUACAUAGCUACUUGCUGUCUUUUCAAUAAAUGUG